CCUCAGGCUGCAGACAAACACGGGCUUCUACCAGCAGCAGGACCGAGGAAUGUCACAUUUAAAGCAGAGAUGGUCUUCUGAGUAACAGAGAUCCUCCCCAGCUGUCACCUGACCAUUCCCACCACCACCACCACCACUGAAACCAUCCCAUCCCAUCCCAUCAUCACCAUGGAGACCGCCAACAGCUACGUGCUGAUCCAUGGGAAGAACAUCUCCCACAGUACCCUGGCUGCUGUGGGGCCCCACAUGUCCAUCGACAAGCUUUUCCCGGCUCUCCUCGAGUGCUUUGGCAUCAUAUUGUGUGGCUACAUAGCCGGCAGGGCAGAUAUCAUCACACAGAACCAGGCGAAGGGUUUGGGGAACUUUGUGUCCAAGUUUGCUCUCCCAGCUCUGCUCUUUAAAAACAUGGUGCUGUUGGACUUUGGAAACGUCAUCUGGGCGUUUCUCUGGAGUGUCCUGAUCGCUAAGGUGACGGUGUUUGUGCUGGUGUGUGUGCUGACUCUGAUGGUGGCCAGUCCAGACUGCAGAUACAGCAAGGCUGGCUUGUACGCCAUCUUCGCUACGCAGAGCAACGACUUCGCCUUAGGAUACCCCAUAGUCGAUGCUCUGUAUCGGAGCACAUAUCCAGAGUACCUCCAGUACAUCUAUCUCGUUGCCCCGGUCUCGCUCAUGAUCCUCAAUCCAAUCGGCUUCGCUCUUUGUGAGGUGCAGAGGUGGAGGCAGGCCGACCAUUCACACAGCACACUUGGCAUCCUGGGAGUCGUAGUCCUACAGGUGUUGAAGAACCCAAUCGUGUUCAUGGUGAUCAUAGGAAUCAUCUCCCACUUUGCCCUGGGCCAGCAUAUCCCCGCUGUGCUGUCAGAGUUCAUAGAUGGCUUGGCCAACUCGUUUGGAGGGGCGGCCUUGUUUUACCUCGGACUCACUAUGGUCGGACAGCUUAGAAAACUAACCAGAGACACUGGAGUUGCCUUGAUUCUCCUCAUCACAGCCAAACUCCUGGUGAUGCCGCUGGUCUGUAAAGACAUGGUGGAUAUUCUGGACGUGGGAGUGAACAGCACCAGUGCCAACCACACUAGUUUGUCUAACUUUGCUUUCCUUUAUGGAGUCUUCCCAACCGCACCCAGUGUGGCCAUCUAUGCUGCACACUACAACAUCGAGCUGGAGGUGGUGACAUCAGGGAUGGUGAUCAGCACGUUUCUGUCUGCACCGAUCAUGUACGUGUCGGCCUGGUUGUUAACGAUCCCUCUGAUGGACCCGACCCCCCUGGUGACGGAGCUAGAAAACGUCAGCUUCAACAUCAGCAUUGUCAGCCUCGUAGCACUGGUGUGGACCAUAGUGGUGAUGCUGCUCAGCAGGAAAUUUAACCGACUUCCUCACCUCUUUGCCUUAAAUCUUUUCCUGGCUCAGUUCUUGGUGUGUGUCAGUAUGAUCCUGUGGAACUUCUUGGUGAAACAAGACGAUAAUCUGAUCACUAAGAUUCUCACCUUCACUCUGCUCUAUGGGUCUCUGUACAGCACCUACAUUUGGACAGGUUUAAUCCCUUUGUGUCUGGCUCUGACUAACAGAGAUGAUCUGCUGAGGCUCCGUCCAGGAGUUUUCAUGAUUUUGGGUUGGGGGGUUCCCUUCCUGACGGUUGGAGGUCUUCUGAUAUCAGGAGAGAGGACUGAUACCAUAGACUCCGCCUUCUUCUACGGCAGAGCUCAGAUCAUCAGCACAGCGGUGGUUCUUGCCGUCAGCCUGGUGCUCGGUGCGAUAUCUCUGAUGGGUCUCAGCCAGGGCGACAGGGAGCAGAGCGGCUACCAGGCCCUGGACAGAGCUGCUGUGACGGGCAUCAGUGACGAGCUGAGGAUCCCUGGUGGCCUGGAGGAACCACAACCACAGCCACAGCCACUGUUGGCAACUUCACCUGCCUGCAGCAUCAACUCAGACCUCCACAGCUUCUCUCCUCUCCAGCCAAUACCUGACAUGAUAGCCAGCACGCAGAGGGAGCACACCAACAGCACAGGCCACAGCGGGGCGCUGUGUGACGGCCUUCAGCAGCAGCAGCUGGGUUCUUCCUCCUCUGAGCAGCCGCUGAACCUGCCUCCACCUGGGCUCCAGACCACCGACGAGAAACAGACAGUCAGACACGUUCUGCUCUGUCUGCUGCUCUUUGUCAGCCUGCUGGCGAACCUGUCCAGCUGUCUGUGGUGGCUGUUCAACAAAGACCCAGGAAGACUUUACCUCGAGCUGCAGUUCUUCUGUGCGGUGGCCAACUAUGGACAGGGUUUCCUGUCCUUUGGGAUCUUUGGUCUGGACAGACACCUCAUCAUCCUGCCCUUCAAGAAGAGGUUGCUCUGGCUGUGGCAGGGCCGGGACGAUGAGGACUUGAGUCCCUCAGCUGUACCAGAGGAGGUCCGACUCACCUGCACCCAGUUCGUCCGCUACCACAAAGACCAGUGUGUACAAGACAUAGUGCACACGCGCAGGUUCGGAGGAGAAGGAGGACUAGAGGAGGAGAACGGGGCCUUGGGACACCCCCCCUCCCGUCAGCCCCAGCACCUACACCCGCAUGAGGAGCGACUUUACCACGAGUGGCAUGAUCUCCCAUCUCCAGAUGAACCCCCCCGGCCUGAGAACGAAGCUCAUAUUUCCCACUGUGACGCCCCAGAGGAGCAGAUUCCACAGCUCCAGUCCGACCAACCUCAUGACCCAACUAAUCCUCACCAGCGUGGUCCUGCUUCGACCCCACCCGAUCUCCAUCAGCACCCCCAGUCCCAUUUUGAAGGUGCGUUCCGAGGCAGUGACUUGGUGGACUGGCUGGUUGAGCGAGGCCUGUGCACUGGGCGAGCCGAGGCCCAGCUGUACGGCGUUCGACUCCAGCGGGGAGGAGUGCUGGAUCACCUGACGGGUCGGCACAGCUUCAGGGACAAACCCUCCUUGCUGUACCGAUUCACAGGGGGGAGAGAGAGGGAGGUGAGAGGGGAGGAAUGGUCCCAGAUCAUGUGAGAGGAAACAAGGACAAAGGAGGUGGUGCAUUUUAAAGGUGGGUUUGCUUUGAGUGACCAGCUGUUUAUGGUGGUUGCCGUUCGCUCGUCCGCUCCGUCGCCAAAAUUUGAUAUUGUCUGGCUCCAGCUAAUGAGAGGCUUCAUUUGCAGUUCCUUGAAAAAUAAAAUACAGGUAAAAUGA